AUGGCCGGAAAAACUCGUGAAGUGUGUCGAUUAUGCCUCAGUGGAUCCUCGUUGUUGGACAUAUUUAGUGAAACGGAUCUAAAUGGCUUGAUAGCAACAUUGCUUUCAAUCACGGGUAAAAAGCGAUACAUUUACGACUGUAAGCAAACGUAUCGUAAGCAGCUGGUCGAGUGUGAUAUUUGUCACAAAAGCUUGCCGAAAACUCGUCUGGAAGGUCACCGAAAUGUUCACCUUGGAAUGAGACCUCUGAAAUGUGAGCGUGGAUGUGAGCAGAAUUUUCACUGUAAGCAGCUUCUAUUGCACCAUUACCGUAACGUACACAAUGGGGAAACACAUUGUUGCGAUGUUUGUGGAAAAGUGUUACGCUCAAAGCGCAGCCUCGGAUACCAUCAAAGGGAUAGCCAUGGAGAGAAGAAAUAUCCUUGCAGUUUUUGUGACCAACUGUUUGUUUCCAAUGCCCGUCUGAAUCAACAUCUGAAGUAUCAUCGAGGGGAUCGCAAAUAUCGUUGCAAGCUGUGCGAAUAUUCAUUCUACUCCAGCAAUGAUUUAAAGAAGCACCUUACUACUCAUCGCUCACUUUAA